AUGCAAGCGGGGAGGGUCAGAGAAAGGGAGACAGAAGAUCCAAAGCAGGCUCUGCACUGACAGAAGAGAGCUCAGCAUGGGGCUCGAGCUCUGGAGCCAGGAGAUCAUGACCCGAGCCAAAGUCUGAGCCACCCAGGUGCUCCCAAAUUGAUUUUUAAAAAUAAGCUUUUGCCUUAGGCUUGUUUAAUCUUUCUUAGGGCACAGGACGUAUUCUGCCAUGGAUCUUAGUUAUUUGUGUACUUCUCAACCUACUCCCUGGCUCCACUGUGAUUUCCUUCAGAAUAGCGGCUGGGUUUUCUUUAUCUAAUAUCAUCUUAAUCUAGUGUCUGUAUUAUGAGGUAGUCAGUAAUACUGACUGGAUUGAAUGAACUCAGAAAUUCUGCAUCAGAUACAAACAAGUAAAAACAGUUUGCGUCUAUGUUCAUUUUGUAGCCACAACAACCCCCCUCCCCAAAUCCCUCUAGACGCAUAAUGGGCAAGUCCCUUGAUUUAAACAGUCUGGAAUUUAGACACUUCCUUUUUUAGUCAUUGGUUGCAAAAGGGAAUGGGUGUAAGUACUUGUUUUCACUGUAUGUUUGGUAAGACUAGAGAGAUUGGUUGCCGCUGUUGAUAGAAUGCAAUGGUUACAAGGCCAGGGUCUGUUAUAUACAGACCAGUUUUCAAGAAAACAGCAAUGUGAAAUUUUUACUGGGAGUUGCAAAGACGGUCCAGGAAUAGGGGGAACCAGAUUGGCAAAAUGAUGGUAAUUGCCAAAGUUGUGGAUUUGGGUUCAUAGGAUACGUUACACUGUUCUUUCUAGUUUUGUGUAUGUUUGAAAUCCCUAAUAAAAGUUGGAAAAAAAAAAAAAGCUAGUUGAACAAGUGCAAAUUUAGCACUGUUCCUUGGAAAACACCUCAACGCAAAUGUUACUGAGUCAGUACUAUUAUCUAGGUUAAGUAGUAUAUUUAGUCUAACCUAUCCCUGACCUUUUCUGUUUGUGAGAUAGGGCGCUAAAAACAAAAAUUAGCACCCUGCAGAAUUUUGUACUUGGUGGCGCAGGAAUUGUAACAUCCUGGUAACCAGCACCUAUUGCCCUGGAAGUGAGAAGGUGAAGGGAGUGGGGGGAGGUGAAUGGGAGACCAGAGCUCAACUAGGGUCUUCCAUUUUUGGCCUAAGGCCUUUAGAUUACUGGGACAUCUUAAAGGUAUGGAUGUUCAUUCAUUCACUCAUUCAUUCAUUAUUCCACAAAUGUUUGGUGACUCCCUGCUAGAGGCCUGGUACUUUUCUAGUACCUGGAGACAGAGCAGUGAAUAAAACAAAGUUCCUGGACUUAAGAAGCUCACCUGUUGGGGACAGGCAUACAAAAACAAAUAACAAGUAAAAUUUAUGUUGAGAAAAUUAAGCAGAGAAGGGAGAGAGUUCCUGGAGUCAGUGUUAAAUUUUAAAUAGGUUGGUUAAGGAAGUUCUCACUGAAAAGGUAACAUUUGAGCCAAAAAGUUAAGAGGGUGAGCCAAGCAUAUAUCUGGGGGAAAUGUGUUCCAGUCAGAGGGAACAGCAAGUGCAAAGGCCCCAGAGCAGGAGUAUGCCUCGUAUACUCUACAUUCGAGGAACAUAAAGGCUCCAGCCAGUAUGGCUGCAGUAGUGUAAGAGAGGGGAAACAGCAGGAGAGAUGUGGGAACGUGAGUGGAUUGGUGGCAGGUCACAUUAAGAUUUUGUGCCUUGUGAGAGUGAAGCCAUUGGAGGGCUCUAAACAGAUGAGUGAUGUGAUCUGACAUCCAGGAUCAUUCUGGCUGCAUUGCUGAGAGUGACCCAUAGAACGCAAGAGUGGAAGGAGGGAAACUGGUUAGGAGGCUACUCCAAGAGUCCAGGCAAGAGAAGUUGGUGGCUUGCAUCCAAAGUAAAGCAGUGGAAAAGUGAGAAGUGGUUGGAUUCUGGCUGUGUGUGUGUGUGUGUGUGUGUGCGCGUGGAGAGAGAGAGAGAGAGAGAGAGAGAGAGAGAGAGAGAGAGGAGCCACCAGAUUUGCUGAUGGCUUAGAUAUGGCAUGUAAAAGAAACAGAAGAAGUUGAGGAUGGCUCUCUCCUUUUUGGCCUGAGCAACUGAAGAAUGGAGUUAUCAUUUAGUGAAAUGGGGAAGCAGGAGGAGGGGUAGGUUGUGAGAAGAGAUAGAUAAGGAACUAACUUUUGAGUGUGUCAAGUUUCAGGUGCUUUUUGGGCAUGGAGAUGUUGCAUAAGCCACUGGAUACACAAGUUGUUAGACAUGAGUAAAUUUCUGCUCUCCUGAGAACUGAAAGAACACUGUUCCUGAGCAAGAGACAGGGCAGUACAGUAGAACACUGGCAGUUCAGGAGUGAGGCCUGGCUCUGCCACCUGCUAGCUGCAUGAUCCUUUGGAACUUCUUCAGCAGUUCUGGCCUCCGUAUCUUCAUCUGCAGAAUGCCUGCAUUAGACUAGAAACAAGCCAUCUUCUCAGCCCACGCCCAUUGUGAGAGUCCACGAAUUCGUGCUCAGAGUAAACAAGGUAACAUAUCUGUACAUCGAAGAGCAUUUUGAAAACUGCUGAGCCCUAUGCCAGCUAGCAGUGUUGAUGUUAAGAAUCCAUCCUUCCUUUGCUAAAGUAAUACCCAGUGAGUGCCUGCCGUGUGCUGGGCACAGAGGAUACAGUGAUGGAGAAGAUGCAGCUGUGCCCUCGUGGAACAGUAUAGACCAGCUGCCUGGUGCAGCUUCGCUGCUAAGUGCAGAGGAAACAGGCCAGACACCAGUGGUCUGGUGUGACAUGAGCCAGGGAAAGCCUGUUACUGACUUGGGUCUGGGAAAACAGUGAACGUGGAUGUCAGAGAUGAAGCAAGAUGAUGUUUCAAGUGAGGCCAAGUGGUCACUGGGGCUGGGGCAGAGCUGGGGCAGAGCUAAGGCAGUGGGGCUCCGUUCCUUCCCUCCCUCAUUCUUUCACUCAACGUUUACUCCUCUGUUGGGAUCUUCUCUUAAGGAGCUCGUGGUUCUGGAGUAGAUGGUUUCAAAUCCAGCCUUGAGAGUUUCAAUUAGAAUGAAUUCCCAGUAAGUGGAGCUGAUUUAGGAUUCAAAUUUGAGCAAAGAGCUCAGUUGUGGACACAUUCUUUGUUAGGUGCUGAUUACGCCAAGUUAUAAGCAGUAUAACAGAAAGUAGGAGUGUGUUAUUUUCCCCCUAGAAGAGUCCAAUUUAAGGAAAACAUACCGUGGCAGAGUAAUCCCUUCACUGCAUCUGGAAGCAUAGUCGCUGUGCCAUGUUUAUCCAUGUAUCAUUUAGAUGUCAGUGUUUAUAUUGUAAGGAGAGUCUCUGACCAGCUAAACAAGAGCACAGGAUACAGCCCAUCUUCACUGACAGAUCACCCACAAAAUUUGUUUAGAGUAGAUAUGUAAUCAUCAUCUUUCAUUUAACAGAAUGGGGAAAUUUUGUCCUAGUGAGUGGAAAAAACCACUGAGAUACAAAUCCAAGUGCAGCAGAAGCUAUUGUCUUUAACUGGUGGCCAAAAGCUACUGACGAAACCUUGGAUGCCUCUUGCCCUGGCAGCGCUCAGUCAAGACUUGUGACCCAGAAGGAAAUCUCUGACCUCAGCUGUGGCUCUUGGUGCUGGCCAGAAGCCAACUUCAUGUCUGAGUAUACAAGUAGCAGUUUGCCAUGGAGAGCUUGGGGCUGCAGACGGUGACCCUCAGUGAUGGGACGACAGCCUAUGUCCAGCAAGCUGUCAAAGGAGAGAAGCUGCUUGAAGGGCAGGUGAUCCAGCUCGAGGAUGGGACCACUGCAUACAUUCACCAAGUGACGGUGCAGAAAGAACCUCUUUCCUUUGAGGAUGGACAACCUGUGCAGCUGGAAGAUGGCAGCAUGGCCUACAUACACCGCACACCCAAAGAGGGCUAUGACCCCAGUGCCCUGGAGGCCGUCCAGCUGGAAGACGGCUCCACUGCCUACAUUCAUCACCCCGUGGCUGUGCCGUCAGACAGCGCCAUCCUGGCCGUGCAGACAGAGGUGGGCUUGGAGGACCUGGCCGCAGAGGACGAUGAGGGCUUCAGCGCAGACACAGUGGUGGCCCUGGAGCAGUAUGCCAGCAAGGUUCUGCAUGACAGCCAGGCUCCCCAUAACGGCAAAGGACAGCAGGUUGGGGACAGAGCAUUCCGCUGUGGCUACAAGGGCUGUGGGCGUCUCUACACCACUGCUCAUCACUUAAAGGUGCAUGAAAGAGCUCACACGGGUGACCGUCCGUACAGGUGUGAUUUCCCCAGCUGCGGAAAGGCCUUUGCCACAGGAUAUGGGCUGAAGAGCCAUGUGCGCACCCACACUGGUGAGAAGCCAUAUAAGUGCCCAGAGGAGUUGUGCAGCAAGGCCUUCAAGACCUCAGGAGACCUGCAGAAGCACGUCCGGACCCACACUGGUGAACGCCCAUUCCGAUGCCCCUUUGAGGGCUGUGGCCGCUCCUUCACCACAUCAAAUAUCCGCAAGGUACAUGUGCGCACCCACACAGGCGAGCGGCCCUACACCUGCCCCGAGCCCCACUGUGGCCGGGGCUUCACCAGCGCCACCAACUACAAGAAUCACGUGCGCAUCCACACAGGGGAGAAGCCAUACGUUUGCACGGUACCAGGCUGCGGGAAGCGCUUCACCGAGUACUCGAGCCUGUAUAAGCACCAUGUGGUGCACACACACUGCAAGCCCUACACCUGCAGCACCUGCGGCAAGACGUACCGACAGACCUCCACCCUGGCCAUGCACAAGCGCAGCGCCCACGGCGAGCUGGAGGCCACAGAGGAGAGCGAGCAGGCCCUUUAUGAGCAACAGCAGCUCGAGGCCGCGUGUGCAGCCGAGGAGAGCCUGCCACCCAAACGACCACGCAUUGCUUACCUUUCGGAGGUGAAAGAAGAAGGUGAUGCCAUCCCAGCCCAAGUGGCCAUGGUGACCGAGGAGGACGGGGCCCCCCAGGUGGCUCUGAUCACUCAGGAUGGUGCCCAGCAGGUCAGCCUGUCCCCGGAAGACCUGCAGGCCCUGGGGAGCGCUAUCAGCAUGGUGACCCAGCACAGCAGCACCACCCUCACCAUACCCAGUGAGGACAAUGACCUUGCCACAUCUGGCACACAUACGGUCACCAUGGUCAGCGCUGAUGGCACGCAGACGCAGCCCGUUACAAUCAUUACCUCUGGGACUGUGGUGGCCGAAGACUCUAGUGUAGCAUCCCUUCAUCACCAACAGGUGGCACUGUUGGCCACAGCCAACGGAACGCACAUUGCGGUGCAGCUGGAGGAGCAGCAGACCUUAGAGGAGGCCAUCAGUGUAGCCACCGCUGCCAUGCAGCAAGGGGCCGUGACCCUGGAGGCUACAGAGCCCGAGAACGGCUGCUGAGUCCCAGGGAGCUGGGUCCCACACCGUGUUGGAGGAGGUGCCAUGCCGCACAGGCAUCCUUGCUUCCAAGAGCCCGGGCUGUGGCUGACACAUAGAAGGUGGCCACAUAGGUCUCCGGGGUGAGAAGGCGACAGGAAAACAGCCUCACUGAAGGGUCCAGGGGCCCUGCCCAAGAGGAAGACCGAACAGCUGGAAUCGGGGGAGUGUGUCAUCCUCAGGAGCUAAAGAGGACGAGCUGGUCACCAGGAUGCACUGGGGCAUCCUCCCCUCAGAAUCAGCUGGGUGCCCACCCUCCUUCCUCCAGAGAACAACCUUCCUGCCCUCAGUCCACUCCCCUUCUCAGGUGGCAAUUGGGACUGCUGUGGGGACUGGUCCUCUAUUCUGACUGGUCACUGCCCACCAGGGGAAGGGGCAGACAGCUUUUCAGCCCAGUAGGGGCAGAGCAGGCUCAGCCCUGCUCCUCCCAGCAAUAACCACCUCCCUGGAGGACUGCCAAGAUGCCUGGCCAUUUGGCAGCAGGGAUUUCCUGCCAUCAUAGUCAGAAUUGCUCAGGGGCCUGUGGCUGGAGAAAAGGUGCCCAGCCCCACCCGCCCCCAGUUGCCCCCUGUCCUCUCUGUGGCAGAGAGGCAGGGAGUUAGCCCUGUAUAUACUGGGGAUUGGGUUUCAUUUGUUUGGUUUGGUUUUUUAAAAUUCCAUUUUGAUAAUUUUUUUUCCUGCUCUGGUUGGUGGUGGCAAAUGGGUGAAUGAGUAUUUAAUAAAGUUCCAAGUUUCCACCUGGG